CCUGAGAUAAAUCUCUAGCAUCUCCAACACAGGCGCCAAUCCACAUGUUAUGGCAAUAAUAGUUACUAGUAAAACUAAAAAAGUAACUUCUCUCAAUCGGUGGCUGGCAAAAUCCAUCCAAUGAUUCCAAAGUCAGCGCUUCGUGGCAGUGCCAGUGCUAAAUAAAACAACACGAGCAAGAGAGACAAAAAAAAAAUUAAUACAGUACGUAGAAUCCAGUGUAUAAUCUCUCUCUCUCCUCUCUCGUAACAGCUAAUUAUUCCGUAGUUAUAGACGACAGAGUACCAGUACAUCAGUGUACAGUAUCAUACAGUACCAGUAUGAGUACGUCCAAAAGGUUGGGAGUAGUGAAAAAAAUAAGCUGCUAGUUGUCAUUAGUAUUAUUAUUCUACUUUCAACUCCAUCGACAUCGACAUAAAAUUAGUGAUUCCCAGAUCCUAGCAGUUGGACCAGACCAACUUUAUCAAGAUACUCAUCGCCGUAUCUUAAUCUUAAUCUCAAAUUAUUUUAUUACUGGAAACUAGAACCGUGUGACCCAGCAAUCAAUUGUUAAUAAUCAUAAAAAAACAAGUGAUCGUGAUUACCAGCUUUUAAAAGUAAUCCAGUGACAAUGGGUAAAACUUAUUGCCAGUCGUGUAAAAAGAAAUGUAGUGGUGAGGUGCUGCGAGUUCAAGACAAGUACUUUCAUAUCGGGUGUUUCAAGUGUGCGCAAUGCAGCGCCAGUCUUGCUCAAGGCGGAUUUUUUGCUCGCGAAGGAUCGUAUUACUGUACAAAGGAUUAUCGCGAGCGCUGGGGUACUAGGUGCGCUGGAUGCGGUGAAUACGUUGAGGGUGACGUGGUGACUGCUGGCGAGAAACACGCUUUUCAUCCCAACUGUUUUCAUUGCCAGAGGUGUAGACAACCGCUGUUAGGUCAAGGAACUAAAGUUACUCUGGUUCAAGGUCAAGCUCUGUGUCAUCGGUGCGUCAGUAUACCAGUACGUGAAGCAUCAACGCCAAUUGGAAGUAAAACUCAUGACAGCCGAUCAAAAACCGCGACUGCUCGAGACAGCAGUAAUGACGCUGGUGCCUGCGCUGGGUGCAGUGAAAAACUCCAAGAGGGACAAGCCCUGGUUGCAUUGGAUCGUCAGUGGCAUGUUUGGUGUUUCAAAUGCCACAGCUGCGACAGUGUACUGCAUGGCGAGUACAUGGGAAAAGAUGGUGUCCCGUAUUGUGAGAAAGAUUAUCAAAAACAAUUUGGAGUCAAGUGCGCUUACUGCAGCCGGUAUAUAAGCGGGAAAGUUCUUCAAGCUGGUGAGAAUCAUCACUUCCAUCCGACUUGCGCCCGCUGUACCAAGUGCGGAGAUCCGUUUGGGGAUGGAGAAGAAAUGUACUUGCAGGGUACUGCUAUAUGGCAUCCGCGGUGUGGUCCAGGACCCACUGGAACCAAUGGAAUUGUCAAUGGGCAUGGAACUAGAGACGUACAUACUCCUCAGCACAGAGAAUCGGAACGUAUAUCUAGUAGCGCAUCUGAGAUGCAGUUUUCAUUGAGAUCUCGCACCCCAAGUCUCAACGGGUCAAUAUGCAGUCCAUACAGCAGCUUGAGUCGCAAGUAUUAUCCAGCACGAACCGGAAGCCCUGGAUUAAUUUUGAGAGAAUAUGGACGCGGUAAUGCGGAAGAUGUUUCGAGAAUUUGUACGUAUUCUUAUCUAACAGAAGUACCGAGUCAAGGAUACUUGAGACGUCCGAUUCAGCCUUACGAUAAACCACCGACUAGUCCACAUUUUCAUCGACCGAAUUCAUCACGUUCGAUAAGAAGCAGCGGAGGUCGAAGCAGUCGCUCAGGAAUGCGAGCACUGGUAGAUGCACUGAGUGAGACAAGACCAAAAUCUCCAGCAGCUGGUAGUCAAGUGGACAAUGAUGAGCCAAUCGAACUCGCUCAUUAUCCAGAUGCUAUGAAACGUCCACCGGGAGCUAAACCGCCGAUUGAACGGGAUGAUUUUCCAGCACCGCCGUAUCCUUACACUGAUCCGGAGAGACGCCGACGAUGGUCUGAUACUUACAAGGGAGUGUCAGAUGAUGAAGACGACGCUGUUACAGACGGUACCGACCGCUCAGAUAGAUUAGACGGCGAGCGUAAAAAUUAUAUCAAAGAAGUUGAACAGAAACUAAAAAAAGAACAAGACGAAUUGAGUAAAAUUGAUACUGGAAUUGCUAAAGUAUUUCUUCAUGACAUAGAAAAAGACCGUGAAAAUUUACGGCAUCGCGCCGCGAAUGUCGAUCCGCGAAACGCUUCGAGAACUCCUUCGGCAGCUAGAGAACCGACUUACAGAUUACGAUAUGAAAGCCCCGUUGGUGCUUCUCCAUCAAGAAAUAUUGAUCACGCACGACCAUGGGAAGACGAUGACGGCGUUAGUUACAAAUCCAGUACCGCUCCAAGCUACAAUGUCGGAAGAUCAUCGGCUCGUUCCCCGGCACCCAGAAACUAUCCACCUCUCGGUAAUCAACGCGCCUUCACACUUCCAAACGCUGCUAGGCACUAUCAGUCGGUGAUUGUGAGCUCCCUCCGACACAUCCCGAAGCCGGGAUACGGUCUGGCACCGCGAAGUCACACCUUCUCGUCUACUGGUGGUUCUGUAUCUGCUCUCCCUGGUGAUUAUUCAUUCAGCGGCAUGGGAGACAAAACCCACAGCACUGAUUUUUCAUCUGGCAAAUCAGAUAUAUCAACAGGCAGCAUUACGGAUGUGGACAGACGAGCACUGAAUGAUGGUGGUAUUCUUCCCUCAUCGACAACGUACACUGGCGGACUAGGAACAGUCGGUUCUGGAACUCAUGGUCAUCAUAUAAGACGUUCAUUACCAGACAUGGGAGCAGCACCUUCAGAACCACCAAAGCUUUACCCAUAUCAUUUGCUUCUUAUUACGAAUUAUAGGCUGCCGGCUGACGUUGAUCGCUGUAACCUUGAGCGGCAUUUAUCGGACGCUGAAUUUGAAGCAAUACUACAAUGCAACCGCUCUGAGUUUUAUCGACUGCCCCAAUGGCGCCGGAAUGAAAUAAAACGGCGCGCUCGACUCUUUUAAUUACUUUAUUGUAGUUUUAAAAUUACUCUGACAUAAGUGCCGAGUGCACAUUCCUAUUACAUUAAUUGAAAUUUAAAUUCUUUCUAUGAAAAAAAAAAAAAGAA